UGUCGGUGAAAUGGUUAAAUGUAUAUCAUCAUAUUAUUACACAUCACACUACAUAUCACGUAAAAUACGAACAAACAGCGGUAUUUUUGCGAUAAUACGCGCGUUUAUCGACAAUCAGCUACAGGAAGGCAGUGAAAUACCCAACAGGAUUUUCUAAUCAGUUGAAAACGUGAUACCGGCGAAUGACAAAAAACCCAAAAGCAUUGUUCGCCGCAGAAUAUGCUUGCUCUGAAAGCGACAGUUGCUAAUUGCUUCUUCAGACGUGCCCGUGUCCUUGAUAGUUUCUUAUCGAGAGGAAACUCGACUGCGUCAAUCAAACCUGAAGGAAAAAUGUCGUUCGAAGAGGAAAAACAGAAAUUCUUGAACAUGCCGUUAGAAGAGAAGAGAAGUUUCUACAAGACAGGUGUUACAACUCUUGAUCAGGUUUUUACCUGGCCAGAAUAUUUGGACAAGAACAAGUCCAAUAUUGCCAAGACCCUUGAAAAAAUUGAAAAAGUCGACAAAGACAUAGCGGGAAAAGUGUCACUGUGGCAAGGAGACAUAACAUCACUUGAAAUUGAUGCGAUUGUCAAUGCUGCAAAUUCGAGUCUUUUGGGAGGUGGUGGAGUUGAUGGGGCUAUCCAUAAAGCAGCAGGAUCAAAUUUACAAAAGGAAUGCGCAACAUUAGGAGGCUGUAAAGUUGGCGAAGCUAAAAUUACAGGAGGUUACAUGCUACCGGCUAAAUAUGUUAUUCAUACAGUUGGUCCUCAAGGUGAGAAGCCGGAUAAAUUACAAAAAUGUUAUGAAAACAGUCUGGCUCUGGCCAAAGAAAAUCAGCUGCGUACCAUCGCAUUUCCAUGCAUAUCAACUGGAAUUUAUGGAUAUCCACAAGGACCAGCAGCCAAAGUAGCUUUAUCAACAGUCAAGAAAUUUCUUCUGGAAAAUAAAGAUGCUGUGGAUAGAGUUAUCUUCUGCUUAUUCUUAAACACUGACAAAGACAUAUACGAGGAGUUGUUGCAAAAAUAUUUUACUCUUGACUAAAUAUCUUUGCAUGUGAAUCUCUAUCUCUAUUUUUGCAAAUUCCUUCACAAUAUCUAAUAUAAUCUUAUAAAACUGUAUAUGAAUGAAGUAUUCAUAAAAGAUAUUAAUAUAAUA